AUGGCGGAACCAAACAUCGAAGACUUGCGCAUUUCUGACGACGAAGAGGAGGAGAACUCCCUCUUCGCCAGUCCCAGCGCCGCUGCGCACGCGAAACAAGCUCCACCACAUUCACAUUCACGAUCUCAAUCGCAGUCGCAAAAAGCUCCUCCGGCCCGUACACAGUCAAAACAGGAUGUCGAAGAUGCACGCAAUGCUCAACUACGCGCCGAACUGGACAAAAUUCGCGAAGUAAACAACAUCAUAGAAGGCACUACAGCCAGUCUACGAAAAGCGAAAGAAAACAUGGGCACUGUCCAUACCACAGUCAACAACGCAUCUACACUUCUCGCGACUUGGACGCGUAUACUGAGUCAGACGGAGCACAAUCAACGUCUGAUCCUCAACCCAAAUUGGCAGGGCGCGUCGCAAGACCUGGAAGACUUGGAGAAUGCCGAUUUGCGACGACAGCAGGAGGCGGAGCGGAGAGCGAUGGAGGAGCAGAGGCGAAGAGAGGAAGCCCUGAGAAAGGCGGAGGAGGAAGAGAGGAAGAAGGCGGCUGCUGUGGCUACAGGAAGAGGUGGGUUGGGAAGGAGAGGAAGUGUGCGAGGGACAUCCUCCUCGAGGGGCUACACUGGCGUUGGAGGACAAACGGGACGUGGUAGGGGCACCGCAGGUUCGAGAGGGACUGCCGGUCGAGCCUCAAGUACAGUGAGAGGAAGAGGGAGGGGAUUGAGUUGA